AUGGCUACAACGGAUGCGGUGAAGUAUAGCUUCAAUGCAUCGUUUAGGAAGGUCAUGGUUGAGCCUUUCAGGACCACGAAAUCACGUGCCAAAUCUGUUCCUUCUGCACCCUCAAACACCAGGAAUGGAGUCGAAGAGGUAGACCUGCUUCAGUAUGGUUCUCUCGAUGCAGACAAGAAGACAGUCAGACUACUCGAAAUACUUCCAGGGCGAGAAUUGGAGCCAAUCAGCGCAGAGCUGGGGAUUUACGAUUUGGAUGAAAAACCAGAGUACAUUGCAUUGUCGUAUAUGUGGGAUCAAGGAGAUGGGAAACGGCAUAUCGAAUGCCAGGGUAGCAAAAUUGAAGUCACCGAGAAUCUUUGGCAGUUUCUGAGACAGUACCGUGCUAGGAUGAUGGAGAAGCAAGACCAAGAGAUGAACCCUUCGAAGCCGCCUCGACUUUGGAUCGAUGCCAUAUCUAUCAAUCAAAGCGAUUUGAAAGAGAGAAGCCACCAAGUUUCUCUCAUGCGCGACAUAUACACCAGCGCGGAAUCCGUCAUCGUCUGGCUCGGUCUGGCGAAAGGCCACGACGAGUUAGCUUUCCUACUCACGCGAUAUCCCCAACUACUCAAAGUCGAGGAAAUGCUAGCAGGGCUAGUGAGUCUGCUCAACAAGCCCUACUGGUCUCGUGUCUGGGUGGUACAAGAAGUCGUGCUCGCGAGACGGGCAGACAUGUGGUGCGGUGGGUUCCAGGCCGACUUCAGCACCGUGGAAGCAAUCUGGAAGAGAGAAGUCGGGCAGAAUAGUCUCUCGAGUACGUCAAGUCGGAUCCUGAAUACGCUUGGGUAUACGCUGUUUCAGAAACGCAAGGCCUUUCGCCAAUCCCGGAUUUACAAGCGCGAGAUCCUCGGACGGCGAAAUAGUAAGACUCUGAAAGCUACCUUCCGACUGCGCGACCUCCUGGAGUCUUUUGAGAGUUCGCAGAGUUCGGAACCGUUUGAUAAGAUUUAUGGGUUCCUCGGUGUUGCGUCCAAGGGUCGUGGACAGGCGAUUCAGCCGGAUUACUCGAAACCUCCUCUUGCGCUUCUCGUCGACGUCCUUGAGAACCAGUGUUACAACAAGCAUCGCAAAGAUGAAGAAGACGACUACAAGCUCCUCCAUCUGCUCAGAAGGACCCUUGGUGUUACGCGUACGCAGCUUGCAAAGUACCUACUGCAGAAGUCGCUCAACGCACAACCCCACAUGUACGUCCUUGCUGCAUCAGACUUCAUGGUCGCAUCCAUCUCCUGCAUCAGCACCAUUCAAGAUGUCGGCCCAUUCGUCGACGAAGCAGAAGCUUUUACAGAAGGUAGCUGGCGAACCACAUGGACACGACCAACCAUGCACCCACGCUCGCUCUCAAACCAAGACAUCCUAGACCUCGGAGACCUGGUCGCGCAUCCCGAAACCUCUACUGUGCUGAGCUUCACUGAGCCACAUGUACCCGGGGCCCCAUACCCAGGGCGAGCAGAGUUACUGCGCCGCAGCAUCAUAGCCGCAUCCACAGAACUGGUAAUUCAAGGCCUCAUACAACCAACGCCCAUGAACUCCCCGACAGCAGCAGACACCCUACCGCUGACCAACAGUAUCACCGGAACCAGGAAUCUGCGAACCAUGUUCACAAACAGCAUGCUCCACGCAAGCAACCUCCACACCGCCGCCCGCCCAACCCUCACACGCCGCCACACCGACCACCGUUACGAUCGCUACGCCACCUUCGUCGGCACAAACGGCAUCACGGGCCUCGCAUGCAUCAGCGGGGCGUCCGGCAGCUACCAAUUCGCAGCCGGUGAUCGCAUCUGCAGUUUCGCCGGGGUCACGGAUUCGAACAAUGCGUUCAUCGUGCGGGCCGAGGGUGGGGGCAAGUGGGCGAUUUCAGGGUUUGCGCGGAUUUUGCUGCCGGAGAAGAGGGGCUGGCUGGGAGGGGGUGGGGUGGAGGUGGAUAAGGAGGGGGAGCAGGUCAUGUGCUUUCAUUGUCAUCUGACUGAUGUUUUGGAGUUGCAGCGGUGUGAGGUGUUGAAUGAGGUGCAGAUGGAGCGGCUUUUGGUAAAUACAUUGCGAGGGAGGCAGGAUGAUGAGGUACAUCGGUGUAAGCCAGGGCCGGAGCGAUGUGAUGUUUUGGAGUUUGGGCUUUGA